UCAGUGACAACUCAGGCAACGAUGAAGGUGUUUCUGUCUCUUCUGUUGGCUGCCUUCAUUUGCACAGAAUUUGCUCUCACCUUGCAGUGCUACACGUGCAGGAGCGAGACCCCCGUGGAGAAGUGUGUGACCAUCGAGAACUGCUCGGAGACCGAGAACAUGUGCAAGACCACCAUGUAUUCCCUGGAGGAGGUUUAUCCCUUCACUGGAGUCUCCACUGUCACCAAGAUGUGCUCAUCCGUGUGUGUCCCGUCGGACGUGGACGGGAUCGGGAUGACCCGCCCCGUGUCCUGCUGCUACUCCGACCUGUGCAACGCGGACGGUGCCACGAGCCUGAGGAUCAGCCUGGUGCCAGUGGGGCUGCUGGCAACUUCCCUGUGUGUCUUCUUCUGGACUAGACCCUGA